CGUUGUUGUUGUUGGUUGUACAAUGAACUGACUGCUACACGGUGAUGUAGACAUAUACACACUCUCUUUUUUCCUCCACGCAAUCAAUUUCUCACUACACGCACUCUUGAUUGCGCAGUCAUUCUUUUUCCUUUCUUGAUAACAUGCCAGAUGCCUCCUUCACGGCCUUCUGAGCUCCUCUCAUUUCUUCUCCUGCUACUGUCAUUACUACUACACCAUGUGGACGCGGUCGGAAUCAUGUUCACAUCACCCGCGGCGGGCUCGACCAUGCCAGCAGGGCCGAUUACUGUUCGAUGGACGGACGCGGGAGGAUCGCCGAAUAUGGCCGAUUUGGAUACAUAUAUGCUCCAACUUAAAGUGGGAGGCAACGACGCCGACAAUUCCGAGGUCGUAGCCACGCUGGGCACGAAUUCGAGCAGAGUGGCCGAUGGACAGGUCGUGGGCGUGAUUGCAGCAGACGUGGCCGGCUCGGUCGAGAAUGGCUUCUACUUCAAAAUGACGAGUACUACCAACGAGGGGAAUACCGUCAUCAACUACUCCUAUCGCUUCACGCUCAUCAACAUGAACGGCACGACACCGAGCAUCGCGCUCGAUGGCGCGAAUGCUGCUCAGGGAAGCGAUGAUGUCCCCUCCUCACAGUACAAUGUGAUUACCGGUCCCGUAGCCGCUACAGGCCCAUCCGCCGCCAUUACCACGACAGCCACUGCGACGGCCACAGCCACGGCAACCUCGACCAAUUCGGACGAUGAAGAUGACUCGGAUAGCUUGAGUUUAGGGGCAAAGAUAGGAAUAGGGGCGGGUGUAAUUCUCGCUCUGGUGGGCGCCGUGAGCAUCGUCGCAUGGGCAUUCAUGCUAUACCGAUACAAGAAAAAGAAGAAGCGGGAACACGACCGAGCCGACAAUACAUUGGAAGGCGGCUAUCCACCCAAGGAUCCUCCUCGAGCCGUGUCGCAGUAUGGCAAGGCCGAAUUACCGGGUCACUCGAAAGCGAGCUCGCAGGAUACAAUACCUAUGAGUCCCAUGGGGCUCGCACACGAGGCUCCCGAGGACGCGAGACCCGUAGAGGCUGCGAGAGCAUCGAUAUAUGAACUCGAUAGCGGCUGGGAUGGCUGGGAAGCCGGCAAUGGGCGAAAGAGCAAGGCUUACGAUCCUACGAGUGUAAUAUAGGAUGUACCAAAAGAGGGUCUGGCUGGCUAUAAUGAAUAUUACGAAAAAAUGUGACCACAUCAAACUCUCUGCCUAUUGCGGCAAAUCUUUAUAGAUAUAUGGUUGGUAACAUGUUUUUUUAAUGUUAAAUGUAAUGGAACGAGAAAGCAAACCAGAAAUAAAAGGUAUGUGUUUUCCGUCGUCUUGAGAGAGAGAGAGAGAAGGCAAGGUACCGGUAUCUAUUCGACGCUCACCAGUAUAUGUAGAUGCC